UGUAUUAUUGCUUACAAAACUUUUACAUCUAGAGCCUACAGUUUGUGGUCUGUAGGCGGAAACAUGUUUUCAUUUAUUUUGGAGUUGUCCCUACUCGACUUGUUUUUGGUCUGAUUUCUGCAAGAUUGUUAGAGAUCAUAUCAUUCCCAGCUUUCAACUUUGUUUUGAAAAUAUUUUAUUUAUUUAUUUAUUUAUUUUAGCUAUGACAUGUCUCUUCAUAAGGAAAAUUAUUUGAUUAAUUUUACGCCAUUCUGAACUCUGUUGUUUCUGUCCGUGUUCGUGACGUCACUGAGUCAGCUGGCCAAUGUUUACAUCUCUCGCUGCUCGCAGUGAACGUUUAUGGGGAGAAACCGAGACAGAAACAACAGGAGCCAUUAAACCGAAUGGAGAGCAUUUACAAAAAAUAGUUCGGGUGUUUCAGUCAGGCGAUACAGCUUAGUCGACUGUGGAGUCGCCGAGGUGUUUCCAGUGACGAAUUUAUCCCAAAACGUCUCCAUCCCCAUUUCUCUUUGUUUUCAUUUUGACUACUUUUUCGCAGAGAUAAAAUGGGAGGUGCAGUAAGUGCUGGGGAAGACAAUGACGAGUUGAUUGACAACCUUAAAGAGGCCCAAUACAUUCGCUCUGAUCUGGUUGAACAUGCCUUCAGGGCCAUUGAUCGUGCUGACUACUAUCUAGAGGAAUUUCGUGACAGUGCCUACAAGGACCUGGCCUGGAGACAUGGCAACAUCCAUCUUUCUGCACCGUGUAUCUAUUCUGAGGUGAUGGAGGCCUUAGACCUUCAGCCUGGCCUGUCCUUCCUCAACCUAGGCAGUGGCACAGGCUAUCUCAGCACCAUGGUUGGACUUAUAUUGGGGCCAUUUGGUGUGAAUCAUGGUGUUGAAUUGCAUGAAGAUGUUAUAGAGUAUGCUUACCAGAAGCUGGACUUCUUCAUCAAGACAAAUGACAGUUUUGACAGGUUUGAAUUCUGUGAGCCCUCCUUUGUGGUGGGAAACUGUCUGGAAAUUGCCCCAGAAAGUAAGCAGUAUGACAGGGUUUACUGCGGCGCAGGAGUCCAGAGGGAACAUGAAGACUACUUGAAGAAGUUGUUAAAAGUAGGGGGUAUCUUAGUACUGCCUCUGGAAGAAAAGCUCACUAAAAUUACUCGAACAGGAUAUAACACUUGGGAGGCAAGAAAGAUAAUAGCUGUGUCCUUUGCACCACUGGUGCUCCCUAAACACAGGGAAAAUUGCAAACCUAGAGCAGUGUCCCUACCUGCCAUGUUUGAGGUGCGGAGUCUCCAGGAUUUGGCCCGUAUCAACAUUCGUCACAUUCUAAAGAAAGCUGGGUCUGGAUCCUUGCCCCUAUUCGGGAGAACUGAAUCCCAGCGGAGAAAUCUCCUUAGACAAAAACGUGAGCACCGCGAUUCAGCUCUACUGACCAAUAGUUAUUUAUUCAUGAGUCGUAUGAUCCCUGGACCCAUGGAUAACAACAACAACCAGUCAUCGACAGACAAUGAGGAUGAAGAUGAAGACUGCAGGAGGGUUUGUGAACAAGGGGAGAAGAAAGAGGAGGAUGGGAGGAGAAAAGAGGGAGGUAUUUUGGUGAUAGAGACUCCAGUUAACCUUAUAAGGAAGAGGAUACUCAGCCUGCCUUUGCCAGAGCCUCUCAAGCUGUAUCUUCUUUACUACAGAGAGAAGUAGAUCCCACUUACCACAGUCUUAUGUUACAGACUACUCACAGGUACCUUACACCGUCACUAUCAACCCCUGUCAAGACUCUUUGGCUGUAUAGUCACCGAUUUUAUUUCAAAAUCAUCAUAUCUUAUUUCCAGCUUCUCUUAAAGGUAUAGUUCACCCAAAAAUAUUUUUUUGACAAUUUACUUAUCCUUAUGUAGUUUAAAACCCACAUCUGAGGGUGGGUUUUAAAGUGGGACACAAAAACUAAAGGAAAAAUUUAUCAUAAAUGUAGUUAAUGCAGCUCAUGCAUCAUAUUUCAAGUCUUCUGAAGUAAUUUGAUAAAGAAAGAAAAGAUAGUCAUAUGGGUUUGGAAUGACAUGAGGGUGUGAAAAUUAUGAGCAUUUUCAUUUUUUGAUGUACUAGCCCUUAAAUUAACAUGAAGUGCUUCAAGUUAACAGCGUCUUACCACAUUGUCCUGGCCACAUUAAACUGCACCACCCUUUGUUCUUUUACAUUACACAACAUUAUGUAACUGAGAUAUGUACUUACAAAAUGUAAUAUCUGGAUUUAGAACCAAGAGUACAAACCAUUACACCACGGUAUCAAAGAGAAUUAAAAUUUAUAUAUUUUAAUUUGCAGAUGGACUUUUUCAAACAGACACAUGAUAAAUGGAUAAUCAUCUAUUAAAUCAGAAAAGCAGUAUUGUUUCUUGUAACAAAAAUCUCUUGGCAUUUGUGCAUAUAUUUGAGUAAGUGAUUGUGUCUGUAUGUAUUAACAUAGAAGCUGUUAUAGCCACUUGUAUUCUUCUGGUGUAAGGAUUUGUAAAAUCAAAUGUGUAAUUGUGUACCUACUGACACAUAUUGUGUGCAGAUACAAAGACAGGUUAAAAAAAAAAAGGUGUUUGUCUUCCCAACAUAAACAGUCUUGUAGUUUCAGGAAAUUCAAGCUAAAGACUGAUUAUCUGAUGUGUUUUGCUAUUGCCAUUUAAAAAUAAUCUUGGGUUUGUACUAGGGCUGUCAAUCAAUGACAUUUUUUAAUCGAAUUACAUGGUGUCCCAAUUAAUUAAUCGCGAUUAUUUGCAUAUACAAAUAUUUGCUGAGAAAGCCCCUCAUAUAAAUAUAAUUCUAUAUAUAAUUAUGAAAUAAUGAUACAUAGUUAUCUAU